UGCAUUCUGUGCAUUAGCGUUUGCCAAAUGCUACCGAGGUUUCCCCCUUCACGAUACCUGCUGCGGUACUCUACCUGUUGAUGACAAUUUCACCAUCCUCGACAAGACAGAGAUCCACACCCAACCUCGCUUCCUACGGCUGACCAACUAGCCGGCUUACCAGAUCUCGAUAGCGCGCAGGCGACCAAUUGCAGAAUGACAGAUUUCACCGACACCCUCAGGCCCUUGUACAAUGGCACCGCGGCACUUCAGGCCGAGCGCGACCGCUCGUGCAUUCACCUUGACCGACUGGCACACCACCUGCUGGGCCGCCAUGGCUUCCUCGAACGGCAGCAAAAGGUCCUCGCCGUCUUGACAAAGGAAAAGCUCUUCAACAAAGACCAGACGCUCAACCUCUCGCGGCCAGAGCGCUAUCACCUCGGCCUGGCGCGGGCAAAGGCCAUCCAGCGGCUGAUGAGGCGCGAGGGCUGGGAUCACGAGGAUUACAAGAUGGCCGAGUACCUGACCGACGAGACAAGCCCGUACUAUUUGCAUAUGACCAUGUUUGCCACAACUGUACGCGAGCAAGGCUCCGAGGAGCAGCAGCGCCACUGGAUGCCCAAGAUCCUCAAUUACGACAUCAUUGGGUGCUAUGCCCAGACUGAGCUGGGCCACGGCAGCAAUGUGCGAGGGCUCGAAACCACGGCCAAGUGGGAUCCUGUGAAGAAGGAGUUCGAGAUUCACAGCCCGACUUUGACGGCGAGCAAGUGGUGGAAUGGCUCCAUGGGCAGGACCGCCACACAUGCUAUUGUUGUGGCGCAAUUGCUGUUGCCGAAAUUAUGCACCUCGUCUGACAAGAGCAAAGAAUCCAACCCGAACCGCCGCGACUUUGAUUACGUCGCUCACGGCCCGCAAACUUUCAUCCUGCAAAUUCCGGAUCAAAAGACGCACCAGGCUCUGCCCGGAAUAGCGGUGGGUGACAUCGGCCCGAAAUAUGGCUAUGCCAGUAUGGACAAUGGCUACAUGCUGUUUGACCAUUUUCGCGUACCCAAGUCGGCUAUGCUGAGUCGGUAUGCAGACGUUUCGGACGAUACGGGCGCUCUCGUCCGGUCAGGUCAUCCGGCUGUUGUUUAUGGAAGUUUGACGUUUGUUCGAGGACAGAUCAUCAUGCAGGCAAGACUAGUCCUUGCCCGCGCAGUCACCGUCGCCGUGCGGUACUGUGCCAUCAGACGACAAUUCAAGGAUCGCGAUUCAUCGAGCCCUCUGGACGAGGAGAUGCAAGUCCUCGACUAUCCGACUGUGCAGAUACGAAUACUGCCACUGCUUGCGACGACGUUUGCACUGCACUACACGGGCGAAUACAUGUAUGAGCUGUACCAAAAGUCGCGCCAGACCAUAGACAAGGGCGACUUUGGUCCCUUGGCUGAAUUGCACAGCGCAAGCUCGGGGUUGAAGAGUCUUUGUACCACGCUUGCCGCUGACGGUAUUGAGACAUGUCGGCGCGCAAUGGGUGGACAUGGCUUCGGCGGUGGAAGUGGACUCGUUGGCCUGAACGCCGACUACCUGUCCAAGCCGACGGUUGAGGGGGACAACUGGAUGAUUACACAACAAGUGGCCGCACAUCUGAUCAAAAAGAUGGGUGAUGCUGUCAAGGACCCAGACGCCGCGCCCAAAGGCCCGACUGACGAGCUGUUCCGAUUCUUUCUCGAGAACCGCACUCGUCGCAUUCCGCAGACUGUGGUUAAGGAGGGCGUUGUGGAUGACCAGAGCAUAGUGGACGUGUUCAAAUGGCGCGCAGCAGACGUAUCAUAUCGAGUCUACCAGGCUCGCGUUGUGGAGAAGCAGCCAUGGACGCGCCUGAUGAUGCAGCUUCACAAUCUCAGCCGUGCAUAUUCUGAGCAGAUUCUUGUCAGCAACUUUUACAAUGGCCUCAGCAGCGUUUCUCCGCCCGACAACAGGGCGGUAUUGCGGACUUGCUUCCAGCUGUACGCCUUGUACACGCUCGAUCAGUACGCUUCGUCGUUCACCAUGGCGGGUGCUGUUUCGUCCGAGUCUGUGUAUGAGCUGCAGGACGCGAUACUUGAUUUGAUGGCGGAGCUACGACCACAUGCUGUGAAGCUGGUAGACGCAUGGUCGAUACCGGACUGGCUGCUGAACAGUGCGCUCGGUAGAUACGAUGGCAAGGUAUGCGAGGCGUUGUUUGAUAUGGCGCACCGGAAGAACCCACUGAACCUGGUAACGUUCAAUCCAGACUGGCGCAGUGAUGAGAUUGUGCUGGGCAGUGGGGACGGGGGGCGGCAUGUGCUAGCAAAGCUGUAA